AUGCCCUCCCCCAGCGAGUCCCGGCGCUCGCUGACCGGUCGCACGUCUCGCAGCCUCACCCGCCUCCGCGUCCAACGGACCUGGCUGCAGGUCCUGCUGGUGCUGGCCUUCAUCCAAGUCAUCCUCGGCGUCCUGAUCGUCACCUUCAGCCUGGUGGCGGCCACCAUCACGCCCUCCGCCAAGGUCCGCCACUCCUGCCCGUCCUGGGCCGGCUUCUCGCUGGCGCUGUCUGGGCUCGUCGGCAUCGUCUCCUGGAAGCGGCCGCUCACCCUGGUGAUCACCUUCUUCACGUUGCUGUCGGUGCUGGGCGUCAUGCUGAGCCUCGCUGGGUCCGUCCUGUCCUGCCAGAACGCGCAGCUGGUGAAGUCCCUGGAGGCCUGCGAGAGGGAGAGGGACUCGUGUGUCUGCUGCCAGCCUCGCUCCGAGCCUCUGCCCACCUCCUGCAGCCGGCAGAGCGAGAUGCUGACCAUGUUCCCCAAUCCCGACUGCCGGAGCAUCCGCGUGGCGCUCAAGGAUCUCCUCUUCAGCGUCUGUGGCUUGACCGUCUUCUCCACCAUCAUCUGCACGCUCUCUGCUGUUGUGUGCUGCAUCCAGAUCUUCUCCCUUGACAUCGUCCAUGUGCUCGUCCCCCAACGCUCGAGCUCCGUGACGCUGGAAUGCACGUCCCCCCCUGACACCUUUCUGCAGAGCAUGAUGGAUUUUGAGGAGUUUGUGCCCCCGGUGCCACCACCCCCCUACUACCCACCUGAGUACACCUGCAGCUCCGAGACCGACGCGCAGAGUAUCACCUACAACGGCUCCAUGGACAGCCCCGUGCCCCUCUACCCGACCGACUUCCCCCCCUCCUACGAGACUGUGAUGGGGCUGCGGGGGGACAGCCAGGCCACCCUGUUUGACUCGCAGCUGACGGACGGCUCGCACGCCUGCACCUGCGACCGCGUCCCCUCCAUCGUGCUCAGUGGAGAAGUGUCCAUGGACAGCGGGUCCCUGAUCAUGUCCGAGAUCAUGGACAUCCCCGGGGACAGCAGCCCCUCGGAGGACUCGUGCCUGCUGGAGCUGCAGGGCUCCAUGCGCUCCGUGGACUACGUCCUCUUCCGCUCCAUCCAACGCAGCCGCGCGGACUACUGCCUGAGCGUGGACUGCGUGCAGUGCAGCCACCACACGCGCAGCCCCACGCUGGGCUUGCAGGGGCCCUUCGAGGAGACGCCCCAGCCCCGGGUGCGGGGAGAGCGCUCCUACUCCUGCUCCACGGCGGAGCCCGGCCACGACGGCAUUUUGGUGGGGGGAGCCGUCACCCACAGCUGCAAUCGCCUGGAAGGGCUGGCCCGCUGCGUCGGCCCCUGCUUCCCUGAGGUGCGGCUGAAGGAGAAGGGCUCGCUGCAGGGGCGCGGUGGCGGCUGCCCCACGGGGCCCGGCACCGGGCGCCUCUGCCACCCACGGCGCAACAGCGAGACCUCCUGCCCCUCGUCCCCAGCCCCGGGGCUGAGCCAGCGGCCGCUCGUGAGGUCGCACAGUGACCCCGGCGUCCUGACGGCCGGUGAUGCUGCAGAUUUCAGGGAAGUACUUUAUACCAAAGCACUGGAGGACACGGUGUCCAACUCCUCUGCGGAUACAGGGCUGUGCUCGGAGGCCUGCCUGCUCCGCCGUUCGCACUGUGACUCCCCGCUGCUGCUCCGUGCCGGCUCGGCGGGGAAGAACAAGCUGCUGCCCUCCAAGAAGGUGACGCAGCAGCUGUCGAAGACGACAACCCGCUCCCUGGGGGACCUCAAGGUCUGCCGGGGCACCCGCGGGCUGGUGGCCAGGUUCCUGCAGAGACCCAAGCGCAGCCCGGCAGCCGGCGUGGAGGUGCCCGGGCACAGCUCCCAGGGGCACAAGCAGGUUCCCCGGAGCGCCUGGCCGGGAGCGGAGCAGCCCCACGAAGGCAUCCACCUGCAGAGCUGUGGGGACCUGAGCUCCACCUCAUCCCUGCGCCGGCUCCUGUCCGCUCGCCGGCUGGAGCGCAGCCGCCCGCGGAGCCUCAGCGGGACCUGCAAGGAGAGCGUCCUCUGA